AUGAGAUUUAGAAUGAAGUCACUCCACUCACCUACAUAUCUGUUUAUUCUAGAUGAAGAUUGCAUUCUGGAAAUUGCUUUUUUACUGGACAGCUCUGAAAAUGCUAAGGACUAUAAUCAUGAACAGCAGAAAAAAUUUGUACUGCAAACAGUGGACAGAAUGCAAAGUCUGCAGCUUAGUUCUGGACGUACCCUGCGCUGGAGGAUGGCCUUACUUCAAUACAGCAGCACUGUUUUUAUAGAGCAAACUUUCCAUGACUGGAAAGGUCCUGAAGCAUUCAAAUCCCACAUUGCUCCCAUCACCCACAUAGGUCAUGGCACCUACACAACUUAUGCUAUAACUAAUCUUACCCAGCUCUACAUGUCUGAAGGGACUUUGGGUAGUGUAAAAGUAGCCGUGCUUUUCACUGAUGGAGUGGAUCAUCCAAGAAACCCAGAUAUUUUUGCAGCUACAGCUGAUGCUAAACACCAAGGAAUUGUAUUUUUCACAAUGGGAAUGACCAAAGUGGCUGAGGAGGAUAGCAAUGCUGCCAAGCUCCGGCUCCUGGCCAGUGUCCCAGCAUCCAGGUUCGUUUUCAACCUCCAGGAGAAAGAAACUGUGGAGAAGGUUCUCAAAGAAAUGAAAGACCUGUCUGAGGAAGAGUGUCCCCAGGUUGACACAUGUAACUGUGAGAAGGGGGAAAGAGGCCUUCCUGGUCCUGCUGGUAAAAAGGGUCGCACUGGGGACGAUGGAGCUCCAGGCCUGAAAGGAGCAAAGGGGGACCCAGGUCUGAAUGGAAUCCCAGGACGAGAUGGAAUAGAGGGGAAAGCUGGACAUAAAGGAGAGAAGGGUGAAAGAGGUGAAUGUGGAAUCCCAGGAAUAAAAGGAGACAGAGGUCCUGAAGGUCCAGUAGGCCCCAGAGGAGUAAGAGGGAUACAGGGUCUACAAGGACAAUCUGGAGAUCAAGGGCCUGAAGGCCUGCAAGGAUCAAAGGGUGAAAGAGGUCUUCCUGGGCCACCUGGCUUGCCUGGAGAGACUGGAAUAGGACUACCAGGCCCAAAGGGUGACACUGGCUUGACAGGAAGACCGGGCCCUGUUGGCCCACCUGGAGUUGGUGAGCCAGGAUUUAUGGGGCCUCAAGGACCACAAGGUGUUCAAGGAGAAAGAGGUCCACCAGGAGAAGGGCUUCCAGGAGCAAAGGGAGAUCGUGGCUUUGAUGGACCAAAAGGCCCUCGUGGACUUCCAGGCAUCAGCAUAAAAGGUGAAAAGGGUGACUGUGGUCCUCCUGGUUUACCAGGAUCAGUUGGAUUACCUGGAAUUGGAAUUCAAGGAGAAAAGGGAGUGGAGGGCCCAAAAGGACCACCUGGCUCUAGAGGGCUACCAGGACAGGGGAUACCUGGACCAAAGGGUGAACAAGGCUUGCCAGGAGAGACUGGAGUGCCAGGAGAAAGAGGUAUUGGAGAACCUGGUUCUAAGGGUGAUCCAGGGCCUUCAGGACUGGCAGGUCUGCCUGGUCUUCCAGGAGAAGAUGGAGCCCCUGGACAAAAGGGUGAACCAGGGUUGCCUGGUCUUAGAGGUCCUGAAGGUGUUCCAGGGAUUGGAAUACAGGGGGAAAAGGGAGAUCAAGGACAGAGAGGAAUACGUGGAUUAACAGGACCAACAGGAGUGCCUGGACCUGUUGGACCUAAAGGGGAGCCUGGUGUACCAGGACGUCUUGGGAUGCCAGGCCCUCCUGGAAGAUCUGUGCCUGGACCAAAGGGUGACAUUGGCUUACCUGGUCUUGCUGGACCAAUUGGAGAACCAGGUUUUGGUCUUCCAGGGGCAAAGGGUGACCAAGGCCUUCCAGGACCCCCUGGGCCUUUUGGGCAAAAAGGAGAUGGUUAUCCUGGCCCACCUGGCUUGCCAGGCCUCCCUGGAAUUCCCGGUGAGCAAGGCCCAGAUGGAGUUGGACUGCCAGGGCCUAAGGGUGAUCCUGGUAGUAGAGGACCAGUUGGCCCUGCUGGUCCCCCAGGAAAAGGCUUGCCAGGACCAAAAGGAACCAUAGGACGCCCAGGGCCACCUGGCUCUCUGGGACCUCCUGGUGAAGGUAUUCAAGGAACUAAGGGGGAACAAGGUAUUCAAGGAAUGCCAGGACCACGAGGCCCCCCUGGAGAUGGACUUCUGGGAGAGAAGGGAGAUCGUGGAGCCACAGGUGACAAGGGGAAAAAAGGAGAAAAAGGUGAUGCGGGCGACCCUGGUUUAUCUGGAGAACCUGGCAAAACUGGACCAAAGGGAGACCAAGGCCUAACAAGAGAAGACAUAAUCAAAUUAAUUAAAGAGAUAUGCGGUUGCAGUAUUAAAUGUAAGGAAAUUCCUAUGGAGCUUGUAUUUGUGAUUGACAGCUCUGAGAGUGUGGGACCAGAAAAUUUUGAGAUUAUCAAAGACUUUGUAACUGCUUUAGUAGACAGAGUAACUGUAGGCAGAAAUGCUACCAGAAUUGGCCUUGUGUUAUACAGUUUAGAAGUUCGACUAGAAUUUGGUCUCAACAAGUAUCCAACCCACCAGGAUGUUAAGAGAGCAAUUAGGAAAAUGCAAUACAUGGGAGAAGGCACUUACACAGGAACUGCUAUCCACAAAGCAGCCCAGGAAGGAUUUUCUGGUGCUCGAGCAGGCGUGCGGAAAGUAGCUAUUGUGCUAACAGAUGGUCAAACAGACAAGAGAGAAGCUGUAAAACUAGAUCUUGUUGUUCAAGAGGCUCAUGCAGCAAACAUCGAAAUGUAUGCAAUAGGAGUCCUAAAUACUUCAGAUCCAACACAGGUUGAGUUUGUGCGUGAGCUAAAUUUGAUUGCUUCAGACCCAGAUGGAGAACACAUGUAUCUCAUUGAUGACUUUAACACUCUCUCAGCUCUGGAGUCCAAAUUAGUCAAUCAAUUUUGUGAAGAUGAACAUGGCACCUUAGUACACAACCAUAAUGAAAAUGGUGCAAGUAUAAGUGGGCAAUCCUUCCAUUCAGUAUCUCCAAGUUCUCUACAUUACAUACUUCAGAAGAAUAAUAUUAAUAGACAAUCACUUUCAGCACAGACACUUAGAGUAUCUACAGUAGAAAGUCCUCUGAAUCUUGGCCAUCUUCCUCAACCAUUAGCUCCGGUAUGAAAAUUCAGCAGGCUUUAACGAGCAGAAGUUUAAUAAAUAUACAUCCUUCUGUGCCACUUA